CCAUAUUUUAUAUUUCUAGUGCUUUACAACUUGUAAUUAACAUACUCUUAGAUAAAGAAAAUGUCUGAUUCUGUGGCUUUGCAAACUUUGUCUGGCGAGACCCCUGAGGAGUCAAAAACCGAUCACGGCGAAAAUGAAAUAAAUCAUAACGAACCACAUGAGGGUGAUGCAGUGGCAGUCUUAAAUCUCGAAGAUGAUUCGUUCUUGACCGAUAAAGUCGCAGACGUCCUUCUUUCAACGCUUGAAGCUCAUGUGUUGGAAAGUGCCUCACGAGGUAGCACUCCUUCUGAUGGGAAUGCCCCCCGCGACUGUGAUAUGUCUUCUGGAAGUCCAUCGCCAGUUCCAGAUGACGCAUUGGACAUCCUACAUCACCAUCGACCAAAAAUACAACUCGGCAGAGAUAUAAGUCUUAUGAUGCAAGCAUUGAAUAGUCUUCAUAGUCCUGAGGAAAAAAUUGCUGCUCUUUGCAAAAAAUACGCGGAUUUAUUAGAACAGCAAAAAGUAAAAGAUAAACGGCUGCGUGGAUUGGAACGCCGAUCUGGGCAAGUACUCAAAGAGAAAGAACAAAUGCAAAAAGAGCUGAACAAAGCCGUACUUGGGAAAUCGAAAAUGGAAAGUCUGGCUCGAGAAUUAAACAAACAAAAUAAGUUACUGAAAGAGGAAUCUUUUAAUAUGACAUUGCGGCAUAAGAAGGAGAGAGAACAAAUGAGUGUGAAAUUUCAAGCAACUACUGAUGAGAUUUCUGGUAAAAUUAACUCAAUUGCAGACCGGAACGAACUUCUGAAUACCCAGAAUCAAGAAAUGGCCACAAAUAUCGCUAAAUUAGUAAACGAUACGACUGAGCGUGAAAAAGUUAUCAAAGCUAUGAUGGAACAACGUGAUCUGCAAGAAAAUAUCCUGAAAUUAAAAGUCAAAAAGGCUGAUGAUGAGCGGGAUAUAUAUUCUCAACAACAUGCUGUUCUUUCUGAUGAAGUUGUAAAGUUGAAAACGCUUUGCGAGGGGUAUAAAAACCAAGAAAAAAUUUUGAAAACACAAAUUACAUACUACUCGGAAAAAUUUGAAGAUUUUCAAUCCACUUUGGAUAAAAGUAACGGAAUAUUCGAGUCGUUCCGCUCUGAAAUGGAUCGUAUGAAUAAAAAGAUGAAAGACCUCGAAAAAGCUACAGCGACUUGGAAAAAAAAUUACGAGCAGUCAGAGGCAGAAAAUAAAAGAAUUUUGUCGAUAAAUUUUGAGCAAAAUAAAGCAAUUGAGAAGCUUAAAAUAAAACUAGCUCGUUUGACAAACUUAAGCCGAGCGUUACAAGCGGAACGAAAUGAACUUGCCAAAAAUGCUCGACUGACGAAAAAACCAACUGACACUGUAACCGCUGAAGCGACAAGUACAGUCAGUGAACCACAACCAGAAAACAACAAUCGUACUCCAAAUAUGGGUGACGCUAUUGAAGAACCAACCAGUACUACUAGGGAUGGUGAAACGUCUCAAACUCAAGACACGUCAACUAAUCAUUCAAUGAACAGAUCUGAGGUUCAAGAAAGCGUCACAAAUUCAACAGAAAACAGCGAACAAACGUCCGAACUAAAUAAUCCAACAGAAAUUCCAGGAGGUGAUACAGCACCACUAAGUGAGGAGGAAACUUCCCACAUACCUGCGUCAUCUGAGGAAACUGUAACAUUAGCUGUUGCAGAUAGCACUGUAGCAAUGAAUAAACAAGCUGCGGCCUCGGUGGAUGACAUCAAAGAUGUUAUUCCCUCUUCUAGCACAGAGGUCCCAACCCCUGAAACUUCAAGUGAUCAAAGCCCGGAAUCUAGCAUUUCUAAAACAUCCGACGAAGCAGAAAAACUGUCAGAAUCAAACGAAAACGGUACAACGACAACCCAUCCAGAAACAUCUGAUGAUAAUGUAACUUCAUAAGUCCUCAAAAUACGAAACAAAAUCUCAAAACUCACUCGAGCUUCGUACUUUCAAGAAAAUCAAGUUUUUGAUAACAAACUCUCUGGCAUAUGCAAGACUUCUUUAGCAGACUAUUUCAAAUGCUCAGUGAAGUUAAUUUUUUUUAGUUUGUGUAGAAUAUUUCGACUUUAACAAUUAAAAGUCCUGGAAUUUCAACUUGAAUUCCAAUUUACCCAUUCUGGGCUAUUCGAAAUUACUAUUUCUUCAAUAACAUGCCAAACUCUGACACUUUAAUCGGGGCCGUAUUCAAAGGGGGGGGGGGUUGUUGCGGACCUCCCCUCUUUUGAAAAAAAAAAGAUAAAUAAAAAUUCGUAGCUUGGAACGCUUUUUAGACCCUUAAACUAUUAUAAACCGAGAUUUUUCGGCCUCCAGUCAAACGGACCGCUUUCUCUUACAGUUUAAUUGUCAAUUAGAACUUUUGGAACCACGGAUGUAACAUAUCAUAGGAUUUGCAUGGAAUUUUUCUGAAUAAAAUUUAUGGAUUGAUUUUGA